GUGAUAGCAAUUCAACACUAGGAACAAUGGCGGGAAUUCGAAACUGGCACGAGUGGUCUUGGCCCAAUAAUGAAGCCGAAAUAGGAUAUAUUUAUGCAAGGUCAUUGCCUGGAAUUGGCCCAUGGAAAAAAUUCAUGCCUGCAAAUAUACAAAAAAUUGUGAAAAAGCGUGUUAUCAAAAAACCUGAACCUAGCAUUACUACACAUAGUCAUCCGAGCAAAUCGUGGACUACACCAAUGCCAAAAAUUCAAG